AUGGCUAGUCCACUCCUCUUCGACAGCACAGCCUCUACCUUAAUUGCGAGAGGUGCUGCCGACGAAGAUGCGAGGGAGGGUGCGGAGGAGGCGUCUUCGUCCGAGAGCGAUUCUGAGGUCGAGCUUGAUCAACUCCACGUCAACCUUGCUCCUCUUGACGACCCACCUGAGGUCGCCAUUCCUGAAGCAUAUCAGGAUGACAAUCUCGUGUGGGAUCUGGAGGAUCCAUCCAGCGAUUCGAGGAGAGAGACGAUCGCCUGCCCACCUUCGGCAGAAUCGAGGAGCAGGAUUCACAAUCUUCAGCUUGACAUCAUGGAUGAUAUUGUCCAAACACGGAAGGUUAGAAUGAAGAUGUGGGACACCAGCAAGGAAAAAGUGUGCGAGUUGCAACCUUUGGACGAAACUGGGACCGUGCAGAGUUACAUCAACAAUGUUGCUAAUAGGUUUUUGGACUUUGUAUGUACAACUCUCGCACCUAUUCCUAGUAGGAGCAAACGCAGAACUUUAGAGCUUCCUCAGCCCUCUACAUCAGGAACAAAAAAGGCAUUGUCCGGCAUCGUAUGCAUCAGCACAGACCGGAUCUCGCAUUCGCUUUCGACAUCAGCUACGGAGAUCAACCCGUGUGAGAAGGAGCAGAAGCAUAAAGAUAAACCAAGCAUAUCGCGACGACGAGGUCAUUUGAAGGACAACAGAUCCAACAGCUUCGACAUAUCCAUCCUCCAGGAGAAGCUUAGCUCCAUAAAGGCCAUAUCGAUCCCCACACCUUCCAACUGGUUCACGAAGAGACACCAGCCCACGAAGAGUGAUAUAACUAAUAAAGCAUUCCUGUUGAUAAUGCAGACUACAAAAGAAAAAUAUUUGUCAAAAAUAAAAGCUUCAGCUGCAGACCAUGGUAAACAAUACAACAAUGUGAUUGGAAAUAAGAAAAAUGAUGUAGUGAGCCUCAGGGCAAAAACAAAGCCUAGAAUCGAUUCAAACACAGAACAGUUGAAUAUUUCGAAUUGA